UAGUAGUUUGCAGUGUAGUCUGCUCUUCGAGUGCAGUUGUCACUGGUCACAAUGGUGAACAUUGUUUGAAAUGAACAUUAUUAAUAGAAAUGUGAAAAAAUUAUUGCUUUGUGUCAUUGUGCUUGUUAUACUUUUGUGUUUCUAUAAAAAUUGGGUACACAGUGAAGAACUAUACACAUAUGAGCACGCAUACUCCAGAUUGCACAGCGCUGAUAGCAAAUAUGUUACGCAUCUGUCACCAGUGGAUGUCGGUGGUUCCCAUGAACAGUAUCAUGCCACCAAAAAUAUUCUUGAAGCCCAGCAGAGAAUCAAGGAAUUGGAAGCUCAGAUUAAGAAGCUAGAAGCAAGGAUUCCACAGAGAUAUCCAGAUGUUACUUUCUUGAACUAUAAACUGAGAAAAAGAAUUCUUAUUACAGGUGGAGCUGGAUUUGUUGGGUCACAUUUGGUAGAUGAACUUAUGAUGACUGGUCACGAAGUUAUUGUGGUUGAUAAUUUUUUCACUGGACGCAAGCGCAAUGUUGAACACUGGAUAGGUCAUGAGAACUUCGAGUUAAUACACCAUGAUAUUGUAAAUCCUUUAUUCAUUGAAGUUGAUGAAAUUUAUCAUCUAGCAAGUCCUGCAUCGCCACCACAUUACAUGUAUAAUCCAGUGAAAACAAUAAAGACAAAUACAGUGGGCACAAUCAAUAUGCUGGGGCUGGCAAAAAGAGUUGGUGCUAGAGUUUUGAUUGCCAGUACAUCGGAAGUGUAUGGCGACCCGGAAGUGCAUCCCCAACCAGAAACUUACUGGGGCCAUGUCAACCCUAUAGGUCCCAGGGCAUGUUAUGAUGAAGGUAAAAGGGUUGCUGAAACACUAAGCUAUGCCUAUGCAAAACAGGAGAAAGUUGAUGUUAGAGUUGCAAGAAUAUUUAACACAUAUGGACCAAGAAUGCAUAUGAAUGAUGGAAGAGUGGUAUCAAACUUCAUUCUUCAAGCCCUUAACAAUGAAACCAUCACAGUGUAUGGCCAUGGUAAACAGACAAGAUCUUUCCAAUAUGUAUCAGAUCUUGUGAAUGGUCUGAUAUCGUUAAUGGCAUCAAAUUUCACAUUACCAGUAAAUUUAGGAAACCCCACUGAGCAUACUAUUGAAGAGUUUGCAGUUAUGAUAAAAGACCUGGUUGGAGGUCCAAGUCACAUAAAACAGGUGGCAGCAGUGGAGGAUGAUCCACAGAGAAGAAAACCUGACAUUACAAGAGCACGACAAUAUCUUUCAUGGGAACCCAAAGUGCCUUUGGAGGUAGGACUUCGUAAGACAAUUGAGUACUUUAGGAAAGAAUUGCAGAGAGCAAGCCAUUCUGAACGCAACAUGUUUGCUCCUGAGAAAAGAAUGCGAGUUCCUCAUGUAUAAUGAUUCACACAUCAUGGUGUCAUCUUAAAGUCUUUCCUCAAGUUAGAGAUUUCUUUUAAAUAAUGUGCCUUUCCUCUUCGACAAUGUUACAUAGAGAGAUACUUGAUAUAUUUUUAUAAAAUAUUGUUGCUGUUCUAUGACACUUUUUUCUGCAGAUUUAAGUUAUAGUACCAACACAAUGUGUAUUGUGUGGUUCAGUUUCAAAGUUACAGAACUUCUGGAAGACUUCUGUGUCUUUAUUUACAGACUGUGAUGGUGUCCUUCCUUUUUUUCGGUUUCAAAGGUUUUUUAUGUAGCUAUAGUAUCUUUUUAAUCCUUUAGGUAACUGUGAUACAAGAAGUGUUGCAUUGUGAUCUCAAAGUUUUUAAAUAAUUUAUGUGUAAUAUAUGUAAAUGUGUGGUAUAUUGUUGUUAUAUGUUAUGUACAUAAAGUUUGUUACUUGUACAGAAUUAAUAUAUCAUUGGUGCUGGCACUGCGACCAUCACAUAACAAU